UAUUAAAACUAUUUAUUUCAUUUGAUAAAAAUUAUUAUUUGUUAUAUCUGUUACUAAUUGCAGCAGUUUUUGCAUAGUGUUGGGUACUUUAUUCAUGUAAUUAAGUAUUUAUGUACAUAUAUGUGGAUAUGUGAAAUGCAGCAGCAUACCAUUUAUAUUUGAAGAAGAAAUGUCUUCUGUAUUAAUUAUAGAGAAUUUGAAGACAAAUUGAAUCAAUGUGCCAAGGAUGCAGUCGCCGCUGCAACUGGCGCUCAUAUUAGCAAUUUGCAUCACAGCUGUUUUACCUGCUGUAAGAUAUGUACCAAAAUGGAAAAAACAGGCUUGCGAAGUGCCAGCAUCUCAGAAUGCUCAUAGCCAUUAUGUAUGUGACGAUGAUGGAGAAUUGAGAUGCUUACCUGGAUGGACCGGUGAUUUGUGUGAUGUUCCUAAAUGUAGACCAGGUUGCGAUCCGCUCCAAGGUUACUGUAAAAGACCCGGCGAAUGCCGAUGUAAGUUGGGAUUUUAUGGAGAACAUUGUAACAAAUGCAUUCCAUUACCAGGAUGCCAACAUGGGAUAUGCAACGUGAGUUUUGAAUGCCAAUGUCUUCCUGGAUGGGAUGGUAUUUUCUGCAGUGAACCCUUAUGCAGAUCAGAUUGUCAUCCUGCCCGAGGCUAUUGCGAGGCUCCGAAUGAGUGCAGAUGCAGACUAGGCUGGCAGGGCAGAAACUGCACAGAAUGCCAAACUUUACCAGGAUGCAGGCAUGGUACAUGUAGAAAACCAUUAGAAUGCAGGUGCAAACCAGGAUAUACAGGCAUAUUAUGUCAGACACCAAUAUGCGCAGCUAAUUGUGAUCGCGAACGAGGUACAUGCAGACGUCCAGGCGAGUGCAGAUGCAGAUUGGGUUGGACUGGUCCAAAUUGCACACAAUGUCAUCCUUAUCCUGGCUGUAGUAAAGAGCAUGGAUCUUGCAUCAGACCUUGGGAAUGCCGAUGUGAACAAGGCUGGGGUGGAAUGCUUUGUGAUGAAGAACUGAACUAUUGUGAAAAGAAUCCGGAAACUUGCGGUCCAGGCAGAUGUGUUUCACGCGCGGCAAGUGAAGGUUCCUACGAAUGUUUCUGCCCACCAGGAACAUAUCCUCCAAACUGCUUAACAAUUGACAAUUCAACUAUUACUGAAGGUCCUAGCGAUGUAGGAGAUUUUCCUAUGGCUGCACCAGAGCAUGUUGCUAUUUCUUCUCCGAAUUACAUACCAUUCUUGGAGCGUCCAGUCCCCACGGAUCAACCUGUACAAAUUCAACUUCCGGCGGGUCUAAUGUCAUCUGUUGCAGGCAUCAACAAAAAGAAACCACAAACUAUGGCCCAGCAACAUCAAGUCUUUAUCGUCAUGGCGAAUCAAGGAUCUAAUGCUGACCAUGGAAGCAAACGACCCAUACCACUGACAAAUGAAACGGCGAAACAAAACGUUACGACGACUCCAGCUGAUAACAAUAACAAAACAAUGACAGAUGAUAAAACGAAUGAUGAAUCUUCAGAAAUACCUAAUUUAUCGCAGGAAAUUCCUUCAUUAGAUAAAGAAAAAGAAAAUUUUGUUAAAUUACAAAAUGUCGAUGACGUCUCUCAAAAUGAGGCAUAG